AUGGAAAGUAAAAGUUUUCAAAACGAAUUUCCCCUGGGCGGCGCCGUGUCGGACAAAUUUAAAGUCGCACGCGCGGGUCAGAAAUCGAGUUUGCAAAAACCAGGUUUUCCAUACACGCUGUCGGUCGUGGGCCAACUGAGCCUGAACCUCUGGAGGGUUUGGAAACUGUUGCUCAGCGAUCCAGGUAUAACCAUCACCAUAUUGCUUACAAACUUCUUCGAAUCCAUCGUUAUUUUUAGCAUCUUUUACAACCUAUUCCCGGGCUCCUCCAGCAUGGAUAAGCGCAGUUUGCUCGAGGUCCUUACCCUGUACGAAAAGCGCAAAAUUGUCGAAAAGCACCGCCGAUACGCCCUGUACCACCCCAGCGUCGAAACCAUGGCCUCCAUGAUUAUGGAUCUGCCUUAUAAGUUUGUCAAUUCUGUUUGUGUUAACGUCACGCUUUAUUUUAUGACCAACCUCCACCGGGAACCUGGUCCGUUUUUUGUGUUGUUUUUUAUUCGCGACCAUGGCCAUCGGUGUGAUGUCUUCAAUGUUUCGAUUGCUCGCGUCCGUUACCAAGACUUUGUCGUAGGCGCUGGCACCCGCCGCAGUCAUAUUAUUCGCAGUCCUGGUGAAAACCUUUCCCUGAACGAGUUUGUCGGCCGACGCUUCACCUGCGACGUAUUCGUACCAAACGGCCCCUCGUAUGGCGGCCGAGGGUCCUUUUCCACGAGCAGAGUUUGCAGCGCUCGCGGAUCCGCCCCUGGGGAGUUUUCCAUCGAGGGGGCUGAACAUUUGCGCGUUAUUUAUGGAUUCAUCGACGGCCAUAUAUGGCGGAAUUUGGGCAUCGUCCUGGCAUUUACCAUCUUAUAUACGCUUGGUCAGCUCGUGGCCACGGAGUUCAUCAUGUCCGAGCAGUCAAAGGGAGAGAUCCUCAUCUUUCCGCGAGAUGUUCUCAAGAAGAAGGAGGCCAGGCCAGCAGCCGCCGCCGAUGAAGAAACCGCACCCGAAGGCACGGCAUCGCACGUCAUUAAUGGUUCGUCCCCUCGGAUACAAAAGGUCGACGGGAUCGCCAAGCAGAAGUCGACCUUCCACUGGAAAAACAUUUGCUACGAACUUGAUAUCAAAGGCGUGAGCCGGACGAUCCUCGACCACAGAAAGACCGGGUACGCCACGCAGCAAGACCUGCACCUAGGCACGGCCACAGUCCGCGAAACACUCGAGUUUAGCGCCCUGCUCCGGCAACCGGACAAGUAUUCGAAACAGGAGAAGUUCGACUACGUCAACGAGGUUAUCGAACUCGUCGAUCUUCAGGACUGUGCCAAUGCCGUGAUUGGCGUGUUGGGCGAAGGCCUCAACGUCCAACAGCGGAAACGCCUAACUAUAGGGAUCGAGCUCGCUGCACGGCCGGAGCUGCUCUUGUUUUUGGACGAGCCCACAUCUGGACUCGAUAGCCAAACCUCUUGGGCAAUCUGCAAUUUAAUGGAAAAGCUCACCAACAACGGCCAGGCUAUCCUGUGUACGAUCCAUCAACCUUCGGCAUAUCUGUUCCAACGUUUCGACCGCCUCCUACUGCUGGCAAGGGGCGGCCGCACCGUUUACUUUGGCGAGGUCGGCCGCAACUCUGCGGUCCUGAUCGAUUAUCUCGAGCGCAACGGAGCGGCCCCAUUCAAGGACGGCCUCAACCCGGCCGAAUACAUGCUCGACGUCAUUGGCGCGACGGCCAGGUCCAUAUCCAAAGACGUGCAGGACUGGCCCACCAUCUGGAGGAACAGCCCCGAGUACCAACAAGCUCAAGCAGAGCUCGUGCGGGGCAUCGGCGCGGCCGCAGGAGAAGGCAAUCCAGACGGGUCCGCCGUCGCCGAGAAGACGCCCGAGUUCGCCGCGGGCUUGGGCACUCAGAUCUUGCUGGUGACCAGGCGCGUCUUGCAGCAGUACUGGAGGACGCCGGAAUACAUCGUUUCCAAGGCCGUAAUGACGGCCGGAUGCGCUCCUUUUAUCGGCUUGACACAGGUCAACGCCGAAAUGACAGAGCGUGGCCUCUACAACCAGAUGCUCUUUGUGUACCUUCUCCUUGUCAUCUUUGGCCAAAUCAUCGAGCAGUCUACGCCCAUGUUUAUCACCCAGCGGACCUUGUAUGAGGCUCGAGAGAGACAUGCAAAGACCUACUCGUGGCUCGCUUUUCUCUGCGGGACCAUGACGGCGGAAAUUUUGUGGAACUCGCUCAUGGCUGUCUUUUCUUUCCUUUUCUUCUAUUACCCCUUGGAUCUCUGCCACAACGCCGAGCACACCGGCGCGGCUCACUCGCGCGGCAUCGCCAUUGCCGGAAUCGACACGGCCGAGGUGUCGGGAGGGAUUGUGAACCUGUUUUUCAUUAUGAUGUUUGCCUUUGCUGGCGUCCUCGCCGGCCCCAACGACCUACCCGGCUUCUGGAUCUUCAUGUACCGCGUGAACCCAUUCACCUACAUCGUCGAGGCUUUCGUCGCCACUUCCCUGGCCGACGCGCCAGUAAAGUGUAUCGACACUGAGCUGCUGGCGUUCGAGCCCCCCUCGGGAGAGUCCUGUACCGCCUACUUGGGCCCCUACAUAAGGCAGAAAGGCGGAUACCUGGCCGGGGAGGGCAACGGCAGCUGCAGCUACUGCCCGACGGCCGAGUCCAACUCGUUCCUCACGGCCCACGGCCUCCACUUUGAAGAUUGCUGGAGGGAUUUCGUCCUGGUCUGGGCGUACUGCGUGUUCAACAUCCUCGGGGCCAUUGCCAUGUACUGGCUGCUGCGCGUUCCCAAAGGCAAAAAGGUCAAAUUGUGA